AUGCCACCACCUGCCCUCCGCGACCGCCAAAGCAAGUACUUAGCGAUUCCCAUGAAAGAAGCUGAGGAGAUAAUGAAGAAUAUUGGGAAACAAAUGGCAAAGAACAUUGAAUCUUUAGCUGUUUCUCAAGAAAUUUUGGGUAAAAUUGCUGCGAAUUUCGUAAAGUCAACUGAAAAUAUGCCACGGACUCGGGUUUCUACAAAGGAUGGAUAUGCUAUCAUAGCAAACGAUGGUAGCAGUACUAAGACGGUUAUUGGUGUAUCUCUAGCAGGAGCUAUUUAUGAUGGAGUGCUUCAACCAGGCCAGUGUGUUCGCAUUAGCACCGGCGGAGUGGUUCCAGAAGGCUCAACUGCUGUGGUCAUGGUAGAGCACACAAUUUGCACAAAAAAAACUGAUGACGAGGAAGAACUAGAAAUUCAACUCAAGGAGCACAUCUCCACUGGUACAAAUAUAAGAGAACCUGGAUCGGAAACUCGCCAAGGAGAUGUUAUUGUCAGAUCUGGAACAAAAAUUGGUUCAGCGGAAUUUGGAAUAUUGAAGGCGUUUGGAAUUAAAAACAUUUUUGUCUUCAAAAAACCAGUUAUUACUGUAGUCUCCACUGGAAACGAGCUAGUUUCACCUGACUGUGAGGAUGUUCCGAUUGGAAUGAUUCGAGAUUCGAACGGACCUCAACUUUUAGCUCUUUUCACCGAAUACGGUUUUCAUGCGAUUGAUGGUGAAAGGGUUUCCGAUGAUUUUGAAAGCAUCAAGGAGAAACUGUCAAAAAUUCUGAAAACAUCCGAUAUCGUUGUGACUACAGGUGGUGUCAGCAUGGGUGAAAAGGAUAAUAUCAAAGAAGUUCUUAUCGAUAUCGGAAUGCAGAUUCAAUUCGGCAGAGUGAUGAUGAAACCUGGUCUUCCUUGCACAGUGGCAACCGGUCGGUUUGGAAAUGAUAGUCUGAAAACUGUUUUGGCUCUCCCUGGAAACCCCGCAUCUGCUUGGGUCUGUUCUCACUUGUUUGCUGUUCCACUGGCACGUACGAUUGCUGGGUAUACAAAAACUCAACAUACCCGAAUCACAGUUCGCUUGGCUCAUGACAUUAAGCUGGGUGAUCGACCAGAAUACGUGAGAGCUUUUUUGGAGGAACUCGAGGAUGAGGAUUUUCCUAUUGCCCAUGUCACAGGAAAUCAAAUUUCUUCGAAUAUUGGCAGCUUAGUUGGAGCCAACGUUUUGCUGAUAGUACCGAUGAAGGAGGACAAGGAGUCCAUUCGUAAAAACGAGCUUGUGAAAGCAUUGCUUCUGCGAUGA